CAGAAUAAGGCACGGAUUAUACAGCCGUCCGUGUUCAAAUGGUUAUUCAAACCCACGCAUAGUGCAUUGAUUAACAAUAUAUUUUUAUAAUAGCUUAAAAAAUACAAUAUAUCAGUUUAAUUAAACACAAGAGGAGAGACAUAACGUGUAAAAAUAAAUAUGUUUAUGUGUACAUUUAAAACACAGAUGCGAUCAAAACAAUUUAAAGGGUACCUUGUACUUUUUUCACGGAGCUGUAUUUUCGAACUUGAAGCAUAAUUCGAUGUGAUUCGAGGGCCAAGCCCUGGGCCAGCCCCCACCCUAGUGACGUAUGAGCACAUGCAAAUCAGCAGUCAGCUCGAUCAGCUCGUCUCGCCCCAAGGAGGUAUUUAUAAAAGCGCAACGGCGGCCGCCUCGAGCAUUUUUUACUGAAGUUAAGUGUGCAUAUUGUAAGAUGUCUGGAAGAGGAAAGACCAGCGGUAAGGCACGCGCCAAGGCUAAGACUCGUUCUUCUCGAGCUGGGUUGCAGUUCCCCGUCGGCCGUGUUCACAGGCUUCUGAGGAAAGGCAACUAUGCUGAACGUGUAGGUGCUGGUGCUCCAGUCUACUUGGCUGCUGUGCUCGAGUACCUGACCGCCGAAAUUCUUGAGUUAGCCGGGAAUGCUGCCCGUGACAACAAGAAAACCAGAAUCAUCCCUCGCCAUCUGCAGUUGGCUGUGCGUAACGAUGAGGAGCUCAACAAGUUGCUUGGUGGCGUCACCAUCGCCCAGGGUGGUGUGCUGCCAAACAUUCAGGCUGUGCUUCUACCCAAAAAGACCGAGAAACCAGCUAAGAGCAAGUAAGCCGAAGCGAUCAAUUAGUCGACACCAACGGCUCUUUUCAGAGCCACCCAUCUUUUCAGA